AUACCACAUAUAUAUCAUCUCAAUCAUAACAAAACCGAGCAAACAUCUGUGUGUGAGCAAGACAAGCACAUAUAAAGAGAAAGAGAGAGAACACCAGAUCGAAACGUUGAGUAUUUGAAACGUGUGUUGAGAGGAGAGAAGAUAUUCUUCAUACACUUCCUUAUCUAAUUCGUGAGAUUGCAUUGCGCACCCCAAGCAGGGGAAACAUAAUAUCUUAUAUGACUUUUGAAAGAUUAAGUGAAACACCAGCAAAAAAAGGCGCACCUCCAAUUCCACAAAAACGGAGUAAAAGCUUCGAACUGUGCAUGAAUUCAAAGAGGCGAACUAUAAGUCAUCGGACUUCAAGUAACAGACAUCGGAAGUUACAGCCGUUCAGGUACACGUGAGCCAACCAUUGUACCGUUCCAAUAGUUUUUUACUAAACAUACAACAAACAAAACAAAACGUUAAAAAAAAAUUACACAAAAAUAAAAAAAAAAUUAAAAACAUAAAAAACAAAAAAAAAACACCAAUAGCUAAGACUAUGCCAGAUAUAUAGAGAGCAUAAAUAUACUACUACAGUAAAGCCCGCACUACAAACCGAAUAGAAGGGGAAAAGGAGACGGCAGUAGGAACCACAAAUACCAAAAAGAAAAAAAAAGAAAAAAAGGAAAGAAAACGAAAGAAGAUAAAGGCGGUAAAUAACACCAAUAAUAUACAACUAACUAGAUGAAAAAAACAAAGGUUCCAUAACUCCCGAAUAGAUUCCACAACUCAGCGUAGAUAAAAAAAAACUUGGGAAGCCUGAAGCCCACAUUUCAUUUAUUUCUCCCAUUUUUUUGGAUGCACGUGGACGACGACGUUUGCCACUAACUAGACUCUCCAAAAUCAAAAGAAACUGCCAGAGAGCUAGCGCGCAAGCGAGCUAGCGUGAGUAAGAAACAGAGAGAGUAUCUAGAGAUCAACGCGAUCGGAGCACAGGUUGAGCCAAAAACAAAUUUAAUGAACGGGAACGAGGCGCAACGAAGCAAUU